AGUAGAGUAGUAUAGUUUUAAUAAUAACUAUGAGAUGUGAAACGCGGGUGCUAGUGUAAUUAUUUAAAAAUGGCUGCUGGUCAGGAUGCGUGUUAUAUUUCACUUCUUGGUUUAGCGGAGUACUUUCGCACCGCAAAUCCGCCAAAUGUUAAAAAAUGCAUUCAGUGUCUUCAAGCCUUAUUCACUUUUCAGCCACCUUCUAAAGUAGAGGCUCGAACUCAUUUGCAAAUGGGUCAAAUUCUUAUGGCAUACACCAAAAAUAUCGAAUUAGCCCGAAGUCAUUUAGAAAAGGCUUGGAAACUCUCGGAGAGCUUGAUGAACUUCGAUGAUGUUAAAUUUGAUACAGCAAGUUUGCUGGCCAAAUUAUACCUACAAAUGGAAUUGGGAUCAUUAGCCAAAGGAAUCCUACGUAAGGCUGUAGAGUUAUCGCAGAACAAUGUUUAUUGGCAUUGUAAGCUGCUACUACAGCUUUCUCAGAUUCACGCCACUGACAAAGAAUACAGUUUGGCAUCGGAGCUGUUAGCGGUUGGCGCCGAAUCCGCUGAGGAAGCAAAUGCCACUUACUUAAAAGUUCUUUUUCUUCUUAGCCGGGCCAUGAUAUUAAUGAUUGAACGGAAAACAAACGAUGUUCUGACGUUAUUAAAUCAAGCAGGAUCUAUUAUCGAUAAUAACAUUGUUAAUCCCCACCAAAAAGAAUACCUGAAGGUAUUUUUCUUAGUUUUACAGGUUUGUUAUUAUCUGGCGUUGGGUCAGGUGAAGACAGUGAAGCCGAGUUUAAAGCAAUUACAGAUGAGCAUUCAAACCAUCAUGGCACCCAAUUGGCCCUCCGAUGAUGCAAUAUUUGGUCAACAUCCACUUGAAAUGUUUGUUUGGAUACCAAAAGAGCAGCUGUAUGUAUUGGUUUAUCUAGUCACCGUCUCGCAUUCUAUGAUGGCUGGAUACAUGGACAAAGCCCAGAAAUAUACUGAGAAGGCUCUCACUCAAAUUGAGAAAUUGAAAUGCCAGGACGACAAACCGAUACUUUCAGUCUUCAAAAUUAUUCUUUUGGAACACAUUGUGAUGUGCCGCAUGGUGAUGGGUAAUCGUGAAUUAGCUAUCACUGAAAUCGCAGCAGCCAGGGAUGUUUGUCUUGCGACUUCAAAUUCAAAUCUUUUAAAACGCCAUUCAGCUCAGUUACAUUGCUUGCUUGGGCUAUACUCAAUGUCCACGAGCUUACUUGACUACGCCGAACGACAGUUUGUAGCGUGUGUAAAUGAAACUGCGGAGAGAGAUUUAAAGUUAUUCGCAAACUUGAAUUUAGCAAUAAUUUAUCUCAGGACAAAACGAGAUCAAGACUUGAAGCAAAUUCUGGAUUCAGUGUCCACUGAAAACACUCAUUCAUAUAGUUCCCAAGCUCUUAUGGGAGGAUUCUACUAUGUGCAAGGUCUUCAUGCGUUUCACAAAAGCAGUUUCCAUGAAGCUAAGCGCUUUCUUCGUGAAACUCUUAAAAUGGCAAAUGCUGAGGAUCUAAAUCGCCUUACAUCGUGUUCACUGGUGCUUCUCAGUCAUGUCUUCUUAAGUAUUGGAAAUUCUAAAGAAAGUAUGAACAUGGUAACUCCAGCAAUGCAAUUAGCUUCAAAAAUUCCCGAUAUUCAUGUCCAGUUAUGGGGAAGCGCUAUACUAAAAGACCUUCAUCGAAUGUCUAAAGAUAUGCAGCACGAAAAAGAAGCUUAUGCGAAUCAUGUCAAGUACUCAGAGAAUCUGAUUGCCGAUCAAAGGAAAAGCGUUACAAUGCCGCAACAUGCUCUUAUCAAUUGGUUUAGUGGGGAACCUAUUGUUACAUCAGAAUCUAAUACGAUAAGCUCAGGAAUUGUAGGACAAAUGAUGAUUGUUCCUCAACAUGCCACAACUCCAAAUCAAACAUACGAGCAGUUCUAGGCAGCUUACCUGGAUUGCAAAUACUUUAUAUAAUUGUAAUGUAUCUGUAAUAAAAAAAAGAACUAAAACAUC